GACUGGAGGGAGCCAGCCUGUUGCGCAAAGCGGCGUUGAUGGACGGAGCCUUUAGAGGACUCCCCUCACUCAUUUUCGUCAACUUUUUAUAGUUGGAUGGCUACCGGAUCGUUUUUCCUCUUCUGACCCGACGGCUCAUUUCAACGUGCUUCCCGGGACGCGGGGCCCAAGGGACCCUCCAGGUUACAGUGAUGCUCAACAGUGCGAUGAAGACCUGAUAACCCAAUAACUCAUGUGUGCCUCACCGAACACACGCACUGAAGAGUUGCAGACAUCGGUGUUGUGUGCUGCGAUAUAGCACUGUGGUGUCAAGCAUAUAAGCUCAGGAGUAUGGUCCAACUGUCCACAUCAGUCUACCUGCUGGGAGGCCUUUUGGGCCUGUUUCUGCUAUCACCUGUUCUGAUGGCCCCGACUCCAGCCAGCAUGUGCACGCCCCUGAGGACGCUCAACGACAGCCUGAGCCACAGGCGGCGGUACAUGAAGCACAACUUCCCCAUCAACUACACUAUCAAAGUCCACCACAAGGAAAUCUUAAAACUGUCCGACGUCAACAGAAUGAGGUCGCAGGUGAAGGAGUUGGACGAGCUGGUUCUGCAGAGGUUGUGGUUCCAGGUCAACCAGGGCGUGUUAAAAAAGAUCAUCCGGGUUAUGCCGGAGAGGCACCCUUCGCGACCAUACACCACCGAGCUGGAAAGACGCUUUAAGGACGUGGAGGGCGUCUUUGUGCAGUCGCAUCCCGCUGAGGUCUUCCAGAAGGACCUCCCGGAGACCAUCCAGGACACGUGGGAUCAUUUGACCGAGGAGCCCGAGCGAGUGCCCGAGUCCAACUGGAGGUUUGCCUCGCCGAAGGCUCUCCUGGACAACCUGUGUCACACCAUGCAGUGCCUCUUCGGCGAGUGUUUCGCCGGCGCAGAGGCGCCGCAGCACCACUGUGUUUCCCAAUGGAGGAAAGGCAGAUAGACGGAAGCUGAGGAGACGUCACAGUGAAUAUUUAUGAUGGGGGCUUGGUGUAAUCAUGUCCCCUGAGCAUUAAUAAUUAAGUUCAGGUGUAAUUUGUGGACAUCAAAUUGUCUUUCCCAAAUGUAUCAAGAUGGUCUUGACAUUAAAAGUUGGGUUUCCAGUUUUGGAAGACAUUUGCCCACCUCCACAUACAUAUAUUUAUGGACUGAGCUGAUCACCAAAUUGAUGUCUGACCCAAAAGCCUUCAUUGGACCCCAGAAGAAGCCGUCAGAGACACUUUGCAGAGAUAUUAUAUUGAAAAAUUCUGCUGACUUGAACCACAGCCAGAUGGCUCUUUAAGACAGCAAAGCGCAAAAGUGAGGGCUCUGUACAUAAAGCCCUCACUUUUGCACUUAAACCAACAGGCACGCUGAUUACUGCUGUUGUCUUUGUUUACAUUUUGCUUUUUUGCUUUCUAAUUCAGCUUUUGCAAGACCAGGCAUGCGAGAGCAAAUAUAACUUGGUACAUUGGGUGACAUGGCAGAAUUAAACCAUGCAUUGGCUACAUGACAAAAAGGUAAACGCAAAGGUUCUGGAUGUAGGGUGGGUGUGUGUGUCGGAGAAGGUCACUGGGCAGUCUGUUUUAAAUUUGCAUUAUCUUACAUUGUGGAAAAGUCUUUAGCGUUUCUUAGAGUUUCUUACCUGCAGCUUGCGUUCAUCGGUUUAAAGCGCUGCAGAGGCUGAGCCAACGCUUUAAGCCACUGAGGCAUUUUGUCCGGAAACGUAAUUGACGCGCCGCUGUUGUACCACGUCCAUUUAUUUGACAACUUAUUCUUGUCAUACGUUUAACAUAAAGUGCCUUGCGAAAGUAUUCGGCCCCCUUGAACUUUUCGACCUUUUGCCACAUUUCAGGCUUCAAACAUAAAGAUAUAAAACUGUAAUUUUUUGUGAAUAAUCAACAACACGUGGGACACAAUCAUGAAGUGGAACGAAAUUUAUUGGAUAUUUCAAACUUUUUUAACAAAUAAAAAACUGAAAAAUUGGGCGUGCAAAAUUAUUCAGCCCCCUUAAGUUAAUACUUUGAAGCCCUUCAAAGGGGGCCGAAUACUUUCGCAAGGCACUGUACAUCCACCCAGCGUGCGUCACAUGACACUACCGAGCAUGCGGUCAAAAACACCUGCCUUGACCCCUCCCCCCCCCUAUCAAUCAGAUCCUGACACCCAUCAUAACGGCUCUUACAAGCGUCAUUAUCUAGAUCUGUUGCACAUCCACAACCUGCCAAAAAAAAGUUGUUUCUCUCUCUCUCUCCGUCCAAGUCAUGCAUUUUUUUUUCAAGUGAUUGUUUUCGAUGACUCGAUUGGGUGUUCAUAUGUCGAUGUUGUUCAUCCUCUACAUUUACAAUAUCAAUAUCAGUGUCAUCAUAGUCCCAUUGGUUUGUAGUUUUAUACUCAGGCACUACAUAUAUUAAUUAUCUUCAUACAGUUAUUCUCUAUUCUCCAGUUAAAUAAUCUAAUAAGUGCAGUUAGAUUUUUUUUCAUCUCAGCAAACCAAAUAGGCGUGAAGGUUGAUUAGAGGGGAUUUUAGAAUCUCGGCUUCGAAACAUGCUGUAAAUAAAAACUGGUAAAAGUACAACCCCCAAACUCAACAUUAAGACCUUUUAGGCUUUCAACGAAAAUAUUUUGCUUCAAAGAAAACGUUCUUUCGCCAUUGUUCCCUGUGUGAGAUGUCCUCUCCGGUUGUGUUGGCUCUACCCACUUUAAUUUCUUCCCACUCGAGGAAUUCAACUGAAGGCCAUCUCGUUGCUGUUAAAUGAAAUGUAUUACGUUUUUGAGGAAUACAAUAAUCACACAUAUCAUAUCGGACAUACUGAACUUCAAGAGGCUCAACGUAUAAAAGAUAAUAAUAAUUUGCAUUAUGCGUUGGGCAUACGAAGCACGCCAUCGGCCUUCUGGGAGCCUUCUGAACAGUCUGGGCCCAAUAUCGUUCACUCCAUGCACUCCGGGCUCGUGUUUUGCUCGCGUCAUGUUUCAUUUCCAUGAUAAUCUCCUGGUUAAAUAACUGAAAAUAUCUGACUUGCUGGUUUAGUCAGUUUUUGGUGAAAACGUCACAUCACUUUAUUACUUUUGACCAACUGUGUUUCUAAAGGUAUCACAUUUGACAUUCAGUUGUUACCUCCUUGUUUUCAAAAAUAAACUUCACAUCCUGUGAGGACAAUCGUUUUUCAACAUAUAGCUCAUUAUUUCCUCUUUUGAAAUUAAAUGACAUAGUAACUGCUAUGCUUAACCAAAGAUGGAGGAUUGUUGGUGCAUUGCCCUGAUGCAGUUUCUAUUGUUCUUAAUCAUGUAUAACUGUAAGGUUGUCUUUAAACAUAAGAGGUGUAUUCAAAGAUAUCUUAUCGUGGACAAAAAAAAAGUGAUUUCCCGAAGGUGACUGCAACAACUGAGACGAUACAUGCAAACACGAGGAUGGUUGUUAUCUGUGGUCUUUAGAGGCUGUUUUUAUACAAAGAUAUGAAUGUAUUUAUUUUUUUUAAAUGUAUAAUACCAUGUGACAAGACUUUAAUGAAAGAAAGAAAUAUUAAAUAGAUAUUUUUAUCAACUAACCCUAUGUUUAGUGUUUAUUAAAGUUAGUCCCGAAACACGUCGCAAUCAAUAAUUAAAUGUGUUCCAACUCUUUCGCAUAAUAAAAUGCAGGUAUUUAAACCUU